AUGCAGUCCCCGACUGAUGCCCGGCGGCUGCCGCCCUUUCCUAAAAAGCAGAUGCUCGUUCUAGCGAUCUGCCGGAUAUGUGAGCCCAUCGCUUUCAUGGGCAUCUUUCCCUACAUAUACUACAUGGUGCGCGACUUUCAGAUCACGGACGACGAAAGCAAAAUCUCUUUGUACGCUGGCUUGGUCACUUCUGCAUUCACGUUCGCCGAGUUCGCUACCGGCUUAUUCUGGGGAAGACUGAGCGACAGGGUUGGCCGGAAACCUGUGCUUCUCACUGGGCUUAUCGGGACAGCCAUCAGCGUCGUGGCCUUUGGCUUCGCGCCCAACCUUCUUACCGCGAUAAUCGCGCGUGCGAUCGGCGGUUUGUUGAAUGGAAAUAUGGGCGUGCUGCAGACGACGGUGGCUGAACUGAUCACGGUGAAAGAGCACCAACCUCGAGCUUACACCAUCAUGCCAGUGGUUUGGUGUUUGGGGUCCAUCGUCGGUCCAAUGAUCGGUGGCGCUCUUGCCAGGCCAUGCGAUAGCUAUCCACGGCUGUUCCCGCCGGGCACGAUAUGGGACCGCUACCCGUACUUGCUGCCAAACGUGUUUAGCGCCCUUGUUGUCCUGGUUGGGGUGGCUAAUGGACUUCUCUUUCUCGAGGAGACUCAUGCUGAAAAAAAGCAGAAGCGCGAUCGUGGUAUCGAAAUUGGCCGUUGGAUCCUCGAUCGAAUUUCGGUAUCAAAGCUGUCAGAUGCUAAAACCUCAAGCCGGCUUCAACCUGGCCACGAUGAGGAGAGGCCACUGCUGGAGGUCUCAGAUACUCAAUCCCCUCCACCAGGCUAUCAAACUCGUGAAGGAUCACCUUCAUGUUCGCCUCGGCUCGGACCACUUGACGACUUCAAGCUCCCACCACAGGAGAGACCCGAGAAGGCUGUCAUAUUUACAAGGCAGGUGGUGCUGAAUAUUAUGUCAUUUGGCAUAUUAGCUUUCCAUACGAUGACAUUUGACCAACUGUUUCCAAUCUUCUUAAGCACCAGUCCACCAGCCAACAAACAACCGGAUCACUUGCCUUUCAAGUUUGUCGGGGGUUUCGGUCUUGACACACAAGCCAACGGAAUUAUAUUGAGUUUACAGGGUAUCUAUUCACUGCUCAUCAACGUCGUUCUGGUUCCAGCCGUCAUCAAACGGCUUGGAGCGUUGCGACUGUUCCGGCUUCUCACAGUAGCCUACUUUUCGCUGUACCUCGUCACGCCGUACUUGGUUUUGCUUCCAGAGCGGCAUAGGAUGAUUGGCGUCGCGAUAAUUCUCGUGUGGAAAUGCACUUUCGCCAAUAUGGCCUAUCCGAGCAACGCCAUUCUUACUGCCGACUCAGCGCCAAGCCACCUGGCUCUAGGCACAAUCAACGGCGUCGCUGCAUCAACCGCUAGCUUAUGCCGGGCUUUUGGGCCUACACUUGCCGGGUUUCUCUAUGCUGUCGGCCUGAAAUCAGGGUACUCUGGGCUGGCCUGGUGGUGUAGUGGUCUGGUCUCCAUUGCGGGCGCUGUUGUGGCGUUUAAGGUCAAGCAGCAGCACCACCUGCCAACCGAAAAGAGGCCCUCGCAGCCUGUCGACCCAGAGAAUGUUGACAGUGCACAGGUGUGCCUUGGCCAGGUUGCGCCACGAGACCUCACGACUGCUUGA